CAAUCGGUCGCUCCGCGACGCAAAAUCGCGCGCCGCGUCUGCAGUGUGAGUGUAUGUGUAUAUGUGUGACGACGCACAGCAGCGGAGACAUAGAGAUAUAUAGGUAUAUAUAGCUAUACACAAACGUAGACUCCUUUUUCGCCACUGUACUCCUCUCGGCUCGCGCGUGCUCGUAUUCAAAAAGUCGUGUGCGCGCUUGGUAGUACACACACACAACAGUGCAAUUCGUAAACGCGCUUAUACGCUGCAGAGGUCUUGGCCUCUUCAACGAACGUCGUCGAAGCGUCUUUUUUCCCUUGAUAUCGGUGUGUGUGUGUGUCACGCCUUCGUAUAUACGUAUUCGUAUGGGAGUGUUUUUUACCUCGUUAUUUUAGCCGAGAGUGACACAAGGAGAGACGACGCCUGUCCCCGCAGUGUCCGCGAGUGUAUACACACGACUCGGCACGUAUACGAAUGAUCCUUCGGCCAUCGAGCGAGAGAGUAUAACCUCAAUCGAGACGACGAUCCCUUCGAGUUAUACUGUAUCGGUCCGGAGAGCCGUUGAGUUCGCGCGUGUGACGCUGUAUACAUACAACGCUAUUGUGCAAGUCUCUUUUUCUCUCUUACUCUUGGCUUUAAUAUAGCCGCACACGCUUUUGCUCUUUAUAGUGCAGCGUGAGAGAGAGAUACAGUGUGUGUCCAUUAUAUAUAUAUGUGUGUUGUUAGUGUGUGUGUUUGUUCUGUGUAUAUAUCGGUGGCAAGUGCGGAGAGCUGAGGAGGCUGUGUACUCUUUCUCUCGCUCUCUCGUCGUCGUCGCUCUUUCGGAGCAUUGUGUGUAUCGUAUCGUGUAUAGGCCCGCAGCCGCGAAGGACGACGCGCACCACCAGUUGCUCCGAUAUAAACAAAGUGUGCGUGUAGAGUUGACUGCGGAGUCGUCGUCCUGCAUGACGCGACACGCACGUUGCGCAUCGUUGUUAUUAACGAUAAUAUUAUGAUAUCGGUGUUUUUACAGUGUUGACUGAGUUGGUGUUGUUGUUGUUUUUUUUUAUUGUGGUGCCGAAUUGAAUCAGUGUCAUCGAUGCAGUUGUGAUUGUUAUUGUUAUCAGUGUCGCAGCAGCAGCAACGCGGUGAUUUCAACGAGCAUAAGACGCCGCGCGCUUCGAUGUGCGUCAUCGUCGUAGAGGUGUAACAAAAAAAAAGAAACGAAUUAUCCGCUGCUAAAAAGUAUCGAUAUACAGUGCGCGAGUGUGCGGGCGCGCGUAUGCUCUCUGGAAGGGCAUUUGGGUGUCGAGUGCAGCAACAUCAACAGCAGCAGCAGCAGCAGCAGCAGAGGCCGAGGCUCUGCAGCAGCAGCUACAGGAAACCGCUAUAUUGGAGAGGAAGCGGGAAAACGGCUUGCCGCUCUUCUGUGUGCCGCGGCAGAGGCGCUCGUCGUCGCAACCGGAAAACGUAAGUCGACUCCUCGUUUGACAUUCGGACGAUUCCGCGAGGCACGAUAAUAAUGCGAAUGGCGAGAUGAUCUCGGGCGUCUCAAUGAACGGGAGCAGCGGUGGUUGUAACAGCGGAGCAGGAGGAGGAGCCGGCAGUCUGGGCUCGUCGUCGGGUGGCCGCGGGGCCCGCGGACUGGCAGCCCUGCAUCGCUCCAAUUCGAGCCUCGAGCUGCCCCACAGUCCGGAUCCGCUGUCGUCGCGCGCGCCGGACUCGCCGCUCAGGCGGGAGUACGGAUCUCACGGCAGCAUCGAUGUGGUCGCGCAGUCCGUCACCAUGAACGAGAAUCUUCUGGCCAUGCUGCAGGACUUCAAUUCGAGAAAUCUGCCGCUGUCGAUCAGAGGGCCGAUGGCCUCGGAGUUUCUGUUAAGGCGUCAGCAACUGCACCAGCAGCACAUGAUGCGUCAUCAUCAUCAGCAGCAGCAGCAGUUUCAGCAGCUCCAGCAGCAGCAGCAGCAGCAUCUGCACCUACAGCAGCAGCAACAAACGACACAAGAGAGCUCGCAGCAGGCGUCGGCGAACGACGUCGACGAGGUCUGCGGCCCGACCGGCGGCUCGAGUCCGAAGCUCAGGCUCAAGCUCAAUCGGCUCUGGGGCAGCAAACAGACUCGCAACGCCAUCAGUUUAACGGAGGAGCAGCAUCAUCAGAUACAGCAGCAGCAGCAGCAAUCGACGACGAUGACGACGGUGACGGCCUCGGCUUCGUCGUCGACGUCCAUGACCAGCAGCAGCAGCGUUACCAGUCCCGUGGUGUCGGCCGACGUCGAGGAGCGACACCGUAGGAGGGCCUUCGCCCACUACGACUGCCAGUCGCUCACGGCCAAUUUGGGCUACGCGGCCAAGCUCCGGGGCAUCCUGCUGGCCAGGCGCAGAAACACGGCGACUGGCGCCUCGGCCGCCAGCUCGCUCAGAGCGUCGACGCCCGACGAGCUGCCCGAGGAGGACGUCGGCGAUGCAAAAGGUAACGAGCUGCUGGAGUCGUGCCCGUUCUUCCGCAACGAGAUCGGCGGCGAGGGCGAGCGCGAAGUGGGCCUCACGCGGCGGCCCCACAGCAGCAACGGCAGCGGCAGCGGCCUGCACCGGCCCGUGCUCGCCUACGGGGUCAGCGUACUCGAGCCCCCGGCCAACGAGACCUUGUGGAAGCACACGUGUCCGCUGCAGAAGCGCCCGCUGCCCAUCGAGAGCGUCGACGAGGGCGCCCACUACUAUCGGCGCUACUUCCUGGGCCGCGAGCACCAGAACUGGUUCGGCAUGGACGAGCAGCUCGGGCCCGUGGCGAUCAGUCUGCGCCGCGACGGCCAGCAGUAUCGCGUGGUGGUGCGCACCUCGGAGCUGCUGACGCUGCGCGGCAGCGUGCCCGAGGAGGCGCUGCCCACCAGCGGCAGGUCCCAGCAGAGCAGCAGCGGCAGCGCAGUCGGCAAGCUGCCGACGCGCGAGCUGCUCGAGCUCGUGGCGCCCGAGGUGCAGACGAGCUGCCUGAGACUGGGCACCGCGGCCAGCGAGGAGUCGCUGGCGCGCCUCGACGAGCAGGGCCUGUCCAAUCGCUACAAGGUCGGCGUGCUCUACUGUCGCGCCGGCCAGAAGACAGAGGAGGAGAUGUACAACAAUCAGCACGCGGGCCCGGCCCUGCUCGAGUUCCUCGACUCGAUCGGCCAGCGCAUCAGGCUGCUGGGCUUCGAGGGCUACAAGGCCGGCCUGGACACGCGCACCGACUCCACGGGCACGCACGCCGUCGCGGCCCAGCAUCGCGGCGCCGAGGUCACCUUCCACGUCUCCACCAUGCUGCCCUUCACGCCCAACAAUCGGCAGCAGCUGCUGCGCAAGCGCCACAUCGGCAACGACAUCGUCACCAUCGUGUUCCAGGAGCCGGGCGCUCUGCCCUUCAGUCCGCGCCGUAUACGCUCGCAGUUCCAGCACGUGUUCAUCGUCGUGCGCGCCCUCAAUCCCUGCACCGAGAACACCCAGUACACGGUGUCGGUGUCGCGCAGCAAGGAGGUGCCGGUGUUCGGGCCGCCGGUGCCGCCCGGCGCCACCUUCGCCAAGGGCAAGCACUUCGCCGACUUCAUACUGGCCAAGGUGAUCAACGCCGAGAACGCGGCCCACCGCUCGGAGAAGUUCGCCACCAUGGCCACGCGCACCCGCCAGGAGUACCUGAAGGAUCUGGCCACGAAUCACGUGACCAGCACCAUGGUGGAAACCGGCCAAAAAUUCUCGAUGCUAUCGUUCAGCAGCAAAAAGAAGACACCGGUGCGACCGCGAUUGUCGUGCGACGCGUCGCAGCGAGGCGCGAUCUGCUGGCAGGUGAUCCUCGAGGACAGCAAUCAGAACACAGACUGCUACCUGGGCAUAAGCGUCGACACGAUCGUACUCGUCGAGGAGCACUCGCGUCAGAUCGUGUUCGUUUCUCCCUGCGUCAAUGUUCUGGGUUGGCACGCGCAGACGAACAGUUUGAGAUUGUACUAUCAUCAAGGCGAGUGCAUAACGAUACACGUGCGUGGCGAUUACGGCGACCGAGACGAGCUGAUGGAGAUAGUGUCGCGUUUGCGCGCCGUCACCCAAGGUACCGCGGCCUCGGAAUUAUCUCUGAAGCGCAACAGCCUCGGGCAGCUGGGUUUUCACGUGCAGCCCGACGGCGUGGUCACGCAGGUCGAAACGAUGGGAUCUUCUUGGCAGGCCGGUCUCAGGCAAGGCGCUCGACUGGUCGAGAUAUGCAAGGUGGCCGUGUCGACCCUCAGCCACGAUCAAAUGGUCGAUUUGCUCAAGACCAGCGCUCAGGUCACGAUAACCGUGAUACCGCCAGGACCCGAUAACACUCCUCGAAGAGGUUGCAGUCUGCAAAAUUGCCAGUACUUGGCUACGAACUACGAAGGUGACUACGAGAACGUGACAAAUCCGGAGAGCACGCCGAGUCAACAAACCGCUCUGCCGCACCAUAGGAAGUACGAGAGGUCGUUCAGUCCGCCGCGUUCGAGUAACAGUUCGGGCUACGGAACGGGCUCGAGCUCCCGUUCGUUCAACGAUCCGCGAUUUCCCCUCGAAGGCACCAUGACCAGUACGAGUAGCGGUCACAGUAGCUCUGAAGAUCGAUGGUACGAAAUGCUGGAACAUCAAGAGCCGGAGCAUUCGAAUGGUACGCCACCGCCAUUGCCGGCGAGACAGAAUCAUCAGGGUGGCGCAACGAGCAACGGCCGACUCAACGCUUGUACUCCAAAAAAGGAGAAAGAUUCUCAUUAUUUAGGCGGUAAGAAUUAUGACAUCAGACGCGAUGAUCACCUGCACGGCAAUGAUGCAAAGGACGGUAAUUACGCGUCGCCUCGGGCCAUUCAAGAGAGCAUGAGACACGAUAAUUAUCAGCGAAUCGAUAGUAUGCAUCAUCGCAAUCAAGAGCACGCAAUAACUAAUAAUAGCAGCAAUAACUACGUUAAACUACAGAAAGAAAAGUAUGAAACCAAACAAGAAAAUAUUUACACUUCGCGAAGAGAGCUUCAUAAUAAAAUUGAAGGUCAUCAAAAAGUCGCGGUAACGAAUUCUUUACCGGAUGCUGCAAAUUCUGUCUACAAGCUUGCUAAAUCGAGUAGCAAUAACAAUCUAGUGCGAUAUGAGUAUGAGCAACAGCAGCAACAGUCCAUGCCUCACAUUGAGAGCAAACUCAAUCGAAGUUCCAAGUGCUACGAAGACAUAAAAAUCAGUGGCGAUGAAAAAUUCGAUCACAGACGCAGCAAGUACGAGAUUGAAAUGCUGCAACAAAUGGAUCUCAACGGCGAUUCAAAAAAUGAAAGAGAAGCUCAAGGACAGGAAUUUAAACUUGGCGAGAAAGUGACGUGCCUGAAAACAAUUAUGACUGAGAGACCUGUGCCGCAUAAAAUCAACAUAGAAUAUAGACCCAAAGAAUUGACAUCAAGCUUACCAGCUGAAGUCAGUAGGCUAAACGACAAUGCAACGGAUAUUUCUACGCUUCCUAGUGAAGAUGAACUAUCAAAUGGUUCUGGAAGUAUUUCACCAAGAUUGCGAAGAGCAAAUAAACAUCGAACUCCUGGCAACUUGACGCCUUCGAGCAACGGUUCGAGAAAUGAGAGUCCUCGACCGAAAUCCGGAGCUCGCAGUUCUCAUCGUAACUCCGCUAAUUUGGCUUCGAGCACGUUGCAAGAGGAUCUUAUGAAACUUAUCAAUCCGGACUUUUUUACCGAUGACGUUCAUUCGAGCCCAAAUUCGAAGAAUUUGCAAAAUUCGAACAAAACGAAUAACAAUAUCGUAGAGAUUCAAAAUAGAUGCAGGUCGCGUGAAAAUCUGUGUGGAAAUAGCAACUCGACGCUUGCUGUUCUGCCGAAUGGACAAGAGAACGGCAAUCCUGGAUCCGAGGUCAUUUUGACGAUAGCCCGACCAGCCACUGUGAUAUCGAAUGCAAGCACAGCCUCCAGUCCGGCUCCGAGUGAAAAUAAAUUAUCAAAAGAAGAAAGAUUAUCGCCACGCGUGACAAAAACGCCGCAGCAAGCGACUAAAACUCCGAGCAAUAUGAUAAGCAAGGAAACCAAAAACUCUACUGAAAUUGAUAAUAAACAUUGGACGAAUAAUCGCCACGAUGAAAUGAAUAGUCGGAUAUCUAAAUACAGUCAGGAACGACCAGCUGAUAAGGAAAGCAUGAAUACGAUUAUAAGCCCACCUUCAGACUUGCAGAGCCACUUAUCUAGCUUAGAACUUCGAGUUGCUCGAGAAACGCGCCGAAGGUUGUCAUUAGAAGACGAAGUCCGAAGAUUGCGCGAUGAAAAUCGCCGCUUACAAGACGAAAAUCAUGCGGCAACUCAGCAUAUAAAGCGUUUCACCGAAUGGUUCAUGGUCUAUUACCACUGAAUCAAGCUCUCUUGUUCUCAUUUUCAUUCGCAAUCGUCUUAACUAUAUGGUAUAACUUUAUAUUUAAAUUGAUUUUAAGUAAAAAAUUGAGCGUAUGAAUUUUUACUAUAGUUUCAUACAAUUUUUACGAAACAAUUAUUUGUGUAAAUAAGAAUUUCAAUCUUUACAUUUUAACUUUAUACUGUGAAAUACUUUUAACUAAUUAUUAUAAUACUAAUUUUAACUUUUUUAAUGAAAAAAAAAUUUGCAUUGAUGAUUUUAUUAGCUUAUAAACUAAUUCUUGCAAACAUAGGUUUCAAGUGCAUAAUAUUACUCCAAAUAAUUUUACGUCACAUCUAAGAUUUUUCGAUUUAUUAUUAUUGAUAAAUUCCAAAACCAGAAUACGAAAUUGAUUAUCAAGAAAUUCAAAUCGUCAAGAUGUUUCGUAUCUUAACUUUUUUGAAAUUGUAAAUAAAACAGUAUUCAAUUAUAUACACUUGAUGUUUUUGGCAUUUAAAUAAUUUAUU